AUGUUUAAUUAUCAAGACAAUGGAAAUCAUCAUCUCUCCAGAGAAGCAUCGAUCAAGGUUAAAAAGACCGAAUAUAAAAAUAUCAUCAAGAAGAGAGCCAUCGAAAAUGUAAAGGAAAAGAGAAGACAAUUACAAAAUAUGAUUCGGGAUCCCUUUUCAAAUUCUAAUGAUGAAAAUUUGGCUCUCCAUGAUGAAUAUAUUCAAGCUUGUAAAACAGAAAUGGAAAGAAUAUUUGCAGAGGAGAAGGGAUCCAUGUCCGAUGAUGAAUAUUUUGAUUUACUUGUACAGAUAGGAAAUGAAAUUGAAAAUGAAUGGAGAGAGGAAGAGGAAAAUCAUUUAAAACAAUUUGAAGAGGAAGAAGCUUUGGAAGCUGAAGAUUUACAACAAUUAAUAGAUUACUAUGAAAAGUCCGUAUAUUUAUGUCCUUUGUGUAAGAAGAAUCAUUUACUCGAAACCAAACAUUCACUCUUUUGUAAAUGUGGUCUUCGGGUUCCUACUUCUGUUUGUGUUUUUUUGAAUUUAAAUUUCUAACAUACUUUCACAAUAUAUAGUCAAAUGGAUUGUCAAUAAAAUACAUAUCACAACAAUUGAUUGAUUGUUAUGGAGAUCAUGGAAAGGAAUGUGAUAAAAGUAAGUAAUUUGUGGUAGAAUUGACCAAAACAAUUGUUUUAAAUUAGCACCUGAGGUGGUGGUAGAAAAAAGAGCUGGAAUGGAAUUUGUUUCCUUGAGAUGUGAUCAUUGUGAUUUUCUGGAAAUUAUUAUUUGAAUCAUUUCACUUGAUUUGUUAGGAUUAUCUUGCUCCGUCUAAUUCUGUUGCGCCAAUCAAUUCAGCAGAACCAAAAUCAACUAUGAAAAAAUCAAUAAAUUUAUUAAAUUCCAACCACUUCAUUUU